GGUAGAAGCGCGGCAAGCUGAGUCUCCCUUUCUAUAAAAAGGCUUCCAAGACUCGGCAUUUUGUUUUAACCAUUCAGUCCCAUCCAACACUUGUCUGUUUUCCCUUCUUUCCGUUUCCGGGAUUUCGGUUUCUCUCCCUAUUUUAUCCCCAGAAAAUGGAAGUUCGCCGGCGAGUCCUCCGUCCCGCUCCCGCCGGCGAACCUUUGAAGCCCAAACAGGACCCUAACUCCCAACAGCAGCAGCAGCCACAGCAAUCGUACCUCACCAACGCCGUGUUCUUCGGGCUGUUCUUCUCGGUGGCGUACUUCCUCCUCCACCGAUGGCGCGAGAAGAUCCGCACCUCCACUCCCCUUCACGUCGUCACGCUCUCCGAGAUGGCCGCCAUCGUCUCCCUCAUCGCCUCCGUCGUCUACCUCAUGGCCUUCUUCGGCAUUACCUUCAUCCUCCACCCAUUCCUUAAUUCCCGUUCUUCUCCUGACGAUGACAUCGACCUCGACAUUCCCAAAUUACCUGUCCCCACUCCCUGCCCCGCUGCCCUUCCUCCAAAACUCCCUCCUCCCCCACUCCCUCACCACGACGAGGACAUCGUCCUCGCCGUCGUGUCCGGCUCCAUCCCCUCCUACUCGCUGGAAUCGCGGCUCGGCGAUUCCCACCGAGCCGCGUCAAUUCGGCGCGAGGCGGUGGAGCGUAUCACCGGGAGGUCUAUCCAAGGCCUCCCCGUGGAAGGCUUUGAUUAUGACUCCAUUCUAGGGCAGUGCUGUGAGAUGCCGAUUGGGUUCGUGCAGAUCCCGGUCGGCGUCGCGGGUCCCUUGCUUCUCGACGGAAAGGAGUACACUGUUCCAAUGGCCACCACGGAAGGUUGCUUGGUCGCUAGCACCAACAGAGGCUGCAAGGCCAUUCAUGUUUCUGGCGGAGCUUCCUCCAUGCUCCUCCGUGAUGCCAUGACCAGAGCCCCCGUGGUUAGGUUCAACUCUGCAAAACGUGCUUCUCAGCUUAAGUUCUACCUCGAAGACCCUCUUAAUUUCGAUUCCCUUGCCGUCGUUUUCAACAAGUCAAGCAGGUUUGCGAGAUUGCAAGAUAUUAAGGCUGCAAUAGCAGGGAAGAAUUUGUACAUUAGAUUCAGUUGCACUACCGGGGAUGCCAUGGGGAUGAACAUGGUCUCCAAAGGAGUCCAAAACGUGCUUACUUUUCUCCAGAGUGAUUUUCCAGAUAUGGAUGUUAUUGGGAUAUCUGGGAAUUUCUGUUCGGAUAAGAAGGCUGCGGCGGUGAACUGGAUUGAGGGGAGAGGGAAAUCGGUGGUGUGCGAGGCUGUAAUUAAGGAGGAGGUGGUUAAGAAAGUGUUGAAGACCAGCGUGGAGGCUUUGGUUGAGCUUAACAUGUUGAAAAACCUUACUGGGUCUGCUAUGGCUGGUGCUCUUGGUGGCUUCAAUGCUCAUGCUAGUAACAUUGUUUCUGCUGUUUACUUGGCCACUGGACAGGACCCUGCUCAGAAUGUGGAGAGUUCUCACUGCAUAACUAUGAUGGAAGCUGUGAAUGAUGGCAAGGACCUUCACAUCUCUGUUACUAUGCCUUCCAUUGAGGUGGGUACAGUUGGAGGGGGCACACAACUUGCGUCUCAGUCAGCAUGCCUUAAUUUAUUAGGAGUAAAGGGUGCGAGCAAAGAGUCCCCAGGUGCAAAUUCUAGGUUACUAGCAACCAUAGUAGCAGGUUCAGUCCUAGCAGGGGAACUCUCACUCAUGUCUGCAAUUGCAGCAGGCCAACUUGUUAAUAGCCACAUGAAAUACAACAGAUCUAGCAAGGAUAUCACCAAAAUUGCCUCCUAGCUGGACAAGAACUUCAAAUUUGUAUCGUCAAUAGUAAAAGCAAAGGAUGCAAUGCAAUUGUAUAAUUAUUAGCUUCAGAAGGACAAUUAAUUCGUGUUGGUGGGAGAUAAACCUGCAUUUACAGUACUUCAUUAAUAAUGUCUGUUUCUGAUGUGUACAGAACAUGAAUAAGACUUAGUUUUGUUACUCUUUUUUUUUUUUUUUGGUCUUUUGUUGAAAAACUUGUUUUCAUCACAUGUAUGUGAUGUGUGUCGGUCUCAUCAUCUAAAGCAAAUGUAUCAAGGAUGUGAUAUUUUAGUCUCUUGUCUGUUUUCUUUGUAAUUAGUUAUGUUCUAUUCUCCA